AAAGCAUUGCGGCCGUAGACAUGCAAGCUCAGAAGUCAGUAACAGCAUUAACCAGGUGAACAGAGCAUAGAAGAAUUAAUAACAUUGAAAUAAACUGGACAGAUAUUGAUGAGGAUUUCAUAACACAGCAAGUAUGUGUCAUCGAAUUGAUGAUGUUAUGAAGCUGUGUUGUGAGUUAUCUGCCAAUCAGCAAAUCCAGACCACAGUGAAAGGCUCAGGGAAGGGAGCAGCAGCAGCUGGAGGGCUGGCAUUUGCCGGAGGCUUGGUCGGGGGUCCUCUGGGUAUUGCAGUGGGCGGUGCUGUUGGAGGCCUUCUGGGCUGCUGGCUGACCAGUGGACAGUUCAAACCGCUGCCCCAGAUCAUAAUGGAGCUCACUCCUCAGCAGCAGCAGAAGCUUUAUGAUGAUCUCAUGGUCAUCCUGGGGGACAUUCAGUGGACAGAUUUGGUCCAGCUCAGUGCUCUGGUGAUGGGCAACGCCGCCCUGAAGCAGCAGCUUACAGCUGCUCUUCUUGGGUAUAUCACCAAGGAGCUCCAGGCCGAGGUGCACUAUGUGGAUUAGUGUCGGUGCAAACACAGGAAAAGCUGCCUCAGAGGCUGAAGGGCUCAGGAGGAUGGAGUCUUUGAAAAACAAUGUGAACCCUUUUUUUAUGAAGCUGGAGAGACUCUUAAUUAAAUGUGAAACCAUGGUCCUGGAGAAAGAUAAAACACAGGUUAGCACAUUAUUGCGAAUUAAAACAUCUGUGUAUUUGGGUUAACUUAUUAAGGGAAGUGCACUUAUCAUUUGAAGAAAUUAUUUAUUCAUUAAACCUUUAAUCGUGUUGAUGAUGGUGUCUGGCUUUAAAAGUUACUCUGAAUGAAGCCCUGACUACAAUGACCUGACUGCAGCUACAGUGAAGCACUGCUCUCAAAAAUAUAGUCUAAGGUCAUAUUUAAAUGCGGAGAUAUGUGCUAAGUGAGCACCAUCAGUACAGUGUGAAAUAUUUUGAUUUAAAGUGAAUUUAUUAAGUGUAGGAAUUUACCAGUGUUUGUGUACAAUAUAUUGCCAAAACUGACUGACAUACAGUUCUAUAGCACAUUGUGAAAGAAACACUCUUUGCUUCUACCAUUACUGGUAUACAACUGUCAUCUUGUCUACUUGACAGAAAAAUAUUAAAAUGGAAAAAAGGUCCAUAGAUCUCUUGUAGUUCCUGUGUAUGAUUUGUCAGCUCAAUUCUGCAACACUGAAACAGAAUCAGAAAGCCAGUGUCCAGUCCAGCCAGUUUAAAAAACAAUUGAAAUCUUCCCUUUUAUUCUGUGUGCAAGGAAGACAAAUUUUACCCAUGUUCUAGUUAGUUUGUGAUACUGACUCAUUUCUAUAAAGAGACCUGGCUUUUGCUGUUAAAAGCUCUACAGGUCUUUAAAAUACAACUCUGGCUACUAAAACUAUGAAAAUGUUGUAUUUUUAAAAGCAUCUGUGGACCAUUUUCUAAAUGUUUAAAAAUUUUCAUUCACUUGUUUUCUGCCCUCAAGUUUUGUCUG